UGACUCCAGAGGGGCCGGGCCGGACCGAGGGGCGCUUUUGCGCUCGGAGCGACUGAGGGAACAGGAUCUGGUCCCCGAAGAGGCCAGAGUGAGAGGCAGCAGUGUUUUUGGUUGAGCGUGGAAAAGGAGUUGCCUUCUCUGAGAGCCUGCCUGGAGACAGGUGUAAGGCUCGAAGCUUGGUCAUCCAGGAAGCUGGACAAUGGCAGCCGAAGAGCCAGCAGUGACCACUCCCCUCAGCCCUUUGGUUCAGGUACCUCAAGAAGAGGAAGAUGAGCAGGCAGAGGUCACCACCAUGAUUCUGGAGGAUGAUUCCUGGGUGCAGGAAGCCGUGCUGCAGGAGGAUGGCCCUGAGUCUGAGCUCUUUCCCCAGAGUGCUGGAAAGGGCAGCCCUUCGGAGGAGGGUGCAUCCGGAGGACCUCAGGGUGCGCUUGUCCGAUUUCGGGAGCUCUGUCGGCGCUGGCUGAGGCCAGAGGUACACACUAAGGAGCAGAUACUAACCGUGCUGCCAAGGGAAAUUCAGGCCUGGCUGCAGGAGCAUCGGCCUGAGAGCAGCGAGGAGGCUGUGGCCCUGGUGGAAGACUUGACCCAGAAUUUUCGGAACAGGGACUUUGAGAUACAGAGUGAGAACGGAGAAAACUCAAGUCAAGACGUGUUUGAGGAUGGGGAAUCACAGGGGAUGUUCUUGAAAAUACCCAGAGGGGAAGGUGGUCAGCAAUCCGAUGGGGAGAGCGACUUUGAGAGGGACUAUGGUUCUGGGGGCGCCCAGGGAAAUGCCCCCAGCGAGGACCACAGGGACCACGUACCUUCCCGAGGAAGGGAAGUUGGCCAGCUCAUAGGCCUCCAGGGCACCUACCUGGGUGAGAAGCCUUAUGAAUGCCGUCAGUGCGGGAAAACUUUCAGCCGGAAAUCCCACCUCAUCACCCACGAGCGGACCCACACGGGGGAGAAAUACUAUAAGUGUGAAGAAUGCGGGAAGAGCUUCAGCGAUGGUUCCAACUUCAGCAGGCACCAAACUACACACACCGGAGAGAAGCCUUACAAAUGCAGGGACUGCGGGAAGAGCUUUAGCCGGAGUGCAAACCUCAUCACCCACCAGAGGAUCCACACGGGCGAGAAGCCUUUCCAGUGUGCCGAGUGUGGCAAGAGCUUCAGCCGGAGCCCCAACCUCAUCGCACACCAGCGCACGCACACGGGCGAAAAGCCGUACUCGUGCCCCGAGUGUGGGAAGAGCUUUGGCAACCGGUCCAGCCUUAAUACUCACCAGGGAAUCCACACCGGAGAGAAACCCUAUGCGUGUAAGGAAUGCGGUGAAAGCUUCAGUUACAACUCCAACCUGAUCCGACACCAGAGAAUCCACACCGGAGAGAAACCGUACAAAUGCACCGACUGCGGACAGAGGUUCAGCCAGAGCUCCGCGCUCAUCACCCACCGGAGAACGCACACAGGAGAAAAACCCUAUCGGUGCAGCGAGUGCGGCAAAAGCUUCAGCCGCAGCUCCAACCUGGCCACGCACCGGCGAACGCACAUGGUGGAGAAGCCCUACAAGUGCGGGGUGUGUGCCAAGAGCUUCAGCCAGAGCUCCAGCCUGAUAGCGCACCAGGGCGUGCACACGGGCGAGAAGCCCUACGAGUGCCUUACGUGCGGGGAGAGCUUCAGCUGGAGUUCCAACCUCAUCAAGCACCAGCGCAUCCACACUGGGGAGAAGCCCUACAAAUGCGGCGACUGCGGCAAGGGCUUCAGCCAGCGGUCGCAGCUGGUGGUGCACCAGCGGACGCACACGGGUGAGAAGCCCUAUACGUGCCCCAUGUGUGGCAAGCGCUUCAGCCGGGGCUCCAUUCUGGUGAUGCACCAAAGAGCCCACUUGGGAGAUAAGCCGUACAGGUGUCCUGAGUGCGGGAAAGGCUUCAGCUGGAAUUCCGUGCUCAUUAUACACCAGCGAAUUCACACCGGAGAGAAGCCCUACAAAUGCCCCGACUGUGGCAAGGGCUUCAGCAAUAGCUCCAACUUCAUUACACACCAGAGGACUCACCUGAAAGAGAAGAUUUACUGAAGUGCAGGAAAGUGGAGGAAGAUGCUGGAACUGACUCUGAGCUUUCCCCAGUGCCCCCAAUGUUGUCCCUUUAAAAAGCCGUUUUU